GCUUUCCCUCUCCUGCUCCCUCGCUCUCUUCCUUCACUGUAUAUAAGUGUGGUGGGUGGAUUGUGUGUCAGACAGAGUAAAGGAAUGCCAGAGUGUGGGACAGAUGGAGAGGGGCCCAAUCCCUGUGCCUCCCCCUGGAUUGGCUGACAGUGAUGGUCGCCAUACGGAAUCUACAGAUGAUUGACGACCCCUUCAGUUGAACCAAGCCCCAGGAUGAUCAUGUUGCCCGUCAGCGGUGGCCACUAUCACCACGUCGUGCCUGUGGCUUGUGCCCUCACCUGCUUCUGGCCCCUGCUACUUUUUCAUGCCGUCUUUGGCCAGAAGCCCGCCAAGCUGCCCCUGGUGGGCCGCAAGCCCUUCAUUGCUGCCUGGAAUGCACCGCUGGACCUGUGCACUGUCAAGUACAAUGUCCACACCAACCUGGAGCAACUCUUCCACAUCAGUGGCAGCCCACGGGCUAUCCGCACUGGCCAGAAUGUCACCAUUUUCUAUGCCAAUCGGCUGGGCCUCUACCCUUUUUACACGGACCAGGGCGUCCCCAUCAAUGGAGGCCUCCCCCAGAACUGCAGCCUGGAGGCCCACCUCCUCAAGACGUACAAGGACAUCGUCCAUUUUAUCCCCUCUGAGGACUUUGCUGGACUGGCAGUCAUCGACUGGGAGUAUUGGCGGCCUCAGUGGAACCGCAACUGGCACAAGAAGGACAUCUACCGAUGCAAGUCCCGGGAGAUGAUCACACAGGCCUAUGUCAACGUGACUCCAUCACAAAUCGAGGUGCUGGCACGAAAACGCUUUGAGAGGAGUGGCCAGGCAUUCAUGCAGAGGACAGUCCAGCUAGGGACGCGCCUUCGCCCCAAUGGACUCUGGGGCUUCUACCUCUACCCAGACUGCCACAACUACAACCUGCAUGAGCACAACUACACAGGCUCCUGCCCCCUGCUAGAGAGCCUGCGUAACGACGAGCUGCUCUGGUUGUGGAAUAGCAGCACAGCAUUGUUCCCCUCAGUGGCUAUCAGGAAGAGUCAAAAAGAUAGUGUCAGCAACCUCCAUUUCUCCCAGUUCAGGGUGCUGGAGUCUCUGAGGAUAGCUGGGCUUACCUCGCACGACUUUGAGCUGCCCACAUUUGUGUACACACGCCUAGGGUACAGGGAUGAGGCUAUGGCCUUCCUCACCACGACAGACUUGGUCCACACCAUUGGUGAGAGUGCUGCUUUGGGGGCUGCAGGUUUUGUGAUCUGGGGAGACCUCAACCUCACUUCAUCCAAACACAACUGCACAAAGGUAAAGUCCUUCCUCAAACACCGCCUGGGUCAAUACAUCACCAAUGUGACACGGGCCGCAGAGGUCUGCAGUGACUUCCUGUGCCAGAGCAACGGCCGCUGUGUCCGCAGGGACCUCCACGCCCCGUACUACCUCCACCUGAGUGGAGACAGCUACCACAUUCAGCCCUCGGGGGAUGGGGACUUUGCGGUCACGGGCAAGCACUCGCUGCCUGAGCUCCAACUACUGGCCAAGAGAUUCCACUGUCACUGCUAUGAGGGACACACCGGGGAGAAGUGUGAUAGCCUGAACAAGGUGGUGGCAGAAGAGGAGGAAGAGGAGGGGGGAGAGGCGGAGGAUGGGGAGAAGGAGCAGAGGGAAAGUGCUGCUCCACAAACUGGGAACAGCUUUAGCUUGGUGGUGUUGCUCCUUCUAUUGAAUGUCUCCUUUGUGUGACUGUGGUAUGAUAAUAGCACUUGAAGUGUCUUGUGUUGUUUGGGGAGACAGAGCUUGAAGUCACUUCCAUAGGAACUGCUAUUACGUAAUGCUGUGCCGUCGUCCUACAGGGUCCUGUAUUAUAGUGGGUAACGCUUUACUUGAAGGGUACCUGCAUAAUGACUACAUGACACAUCCAUAACUCAUACACACUUCAUUUGUAAAGUCUGAUUAUAUAUAACAAUGGGACCAAUAUAAAAUCUGGGCGAUUCUUUUGUCAUUUUGCAUUUAAGCAUGCGUUGCCAGCAACAGCAUUUAUUUGCUGAAAGUGAGCUAACUUCAUAACUUGUCACCUCACCGCUAUCACUACUGGUACCAUUGUAAGCACUGACAAUGAAAAGGUAUCUGGGAGUCUUGCUCCAGUCUUCCCUAAUACUGUGUAGUUUCAUAUAGCAAUAAGCUUGACAUUUGCACAACUCAAAUGAGUUUAUUUUUUAAUGGUAAGCCUAUCAUUGAACGAUAAUUCAUUUCAAUAGAUGAUCUAAUUUGGCUAUUAAAGGCACAAUAAAGUGGAAAAAUUCCUAGACACUGCGCAAUUUGAAAAAGCCUUGUGUAUUUUUUUAUCGAUCAUGUUAGGAACCACAUCACACUUGGGCCACAAGACCUUCCACAUGUGUAAUAGGUGACAUAAGAAUGUUGUGCAACAUCGGUGCUAUGGAGGUUGACAGUUGUUUCUUUCCCACACCUUUCUGCAAACAUUGGUAUUCAAACAAAGUCAUAUUCAGACGGAACAUCUCAUCGAUUCACCGUUCAAAAAGAAUCCCAAACCUUACUUAUCACUCUAACAUUGAAGCUUGAAGUGCAGAUAGAAAGUGGGUAACCAGCAAUUGAAGAGACAAGGUAUUUGAUCUCAUCACCCUUUGCCUUUCCUCCUUAGUACUUUGUCAAUACUAAUUAGGACACUUAGAAGCUAUUUUUUUUUUCAACAUCAAAUUCAGUGUCUUCUACCCAGGUUACUCUUGAAAUGUGUGUUGAAAACUGUGUAAAAUGAUUUAUGUACAAUUUUCAUACUAAACUGGAAUGUAAACCAUUAUAUGUCACAUAUGGACAAUAUUUUAUUUGAAUGGAAAGAAUAGAAAUGUUUAAAAUCUUCCAAGUUUUGUUCACGUUGCUGUUUACCCAAUGCACGAUGGCACUGUACAAUGUACUCCAAAUGUUCUUUCCAAGGGCUAGUCUUAUAACUGAUGUAGCAACAAUAUAAGGCAAGUUUAUUUGUGGAUGCUUUACUUUUUGUUGAUGUGUAAUGUGCAUGGAUAAGCGGUUCAUAUACAGUUGAAGUCGGUUAGGAUCACCACUUUAUUUUAAGAAUGUGAAAUGUUGGAAUAAUAGUAGAGAGAAUGUGUUAUUUCAGCUUUUAUUUC